AUGAAGACUGUACACAAACAGCUACACAGCACCAGACGUGGUUCACGACACGAGCACUACCACCUAUCGGCCUUCUUCAGGUUCUGGUACCGACGACUACUUACCAAUACAUCUGCGAGCGCCUCGCUCGCAGCACUGAUCAUACUCGUCCUCGGACUAGCAUUCUGGCCCAAGCAAAGUACGUUACGACCAACUCGACGCUGCCAGUCACUUGAAUUUGACAGCAACACUUCGUCGGCAAGCGACAAUACCUCAAAUUUAUACCACCCUUUCGCACCUAUCACCCUAGACAAUUCGAAUCUUGCUGCCUACCGUCAGCCAGAUGUGAUCGAUACCUUCGCCAAUUACAAAUUUCGCCAGCAUCCAAGAUGCAACAUCUCGUCCCUCAGUCUACACAAGCCCUUUUCACCUCUAUGUCCAGACCGACAAUCCUUCCUGCGAGCCUUCUCUGGUGGCGGCCGCAUAGGCUUCGAUGCACCAUACAUGCCCCGCGACUGCGAUAUGAGAUGGUACUCAACCGAAGAAGUCUGCGAAAUAUUCAGCCGGUUCGAAAAAGUCAUCGUCGUAGGAGACAGCCUGAUCAGACACGUCGUCGGUGCUCUGAAUGUACUACUACGAAAAGACCUAGGAUACGGUGCGGUUACAGGAUGGAAUUUCGGGGAAGAGGAGAGCCAGAAGUGUUUCUGUACGCAUCAGAUGGACGUUAAAGCGUGUUCGGUUCAGGGUAUAUACAGGACGAGUGAUGUGCUACUUCACGAUCCUGAUUCUUUCGCUUGUCCUCACGGGUUGGUUAGGACGGCUGACGGGAAGCAGGAGAUGGCUUCGCCUGUUAAUCUCGUGGUUGAGUUGAUGUUGAAGUUCCCGCUUGAUCCAACUGAGUUGAAGAGGCUGCAGAACCUGCUUCCGAAAGAGAGGCCGAAGAAACCGAUCGCGUUUGCUUUUGGGCAUGGCUUGUGGAAUGACAUGGACCUGCAGGCCACCGUGAAUUGGCUUCAGGGUAUCCUUGAUGCUAUGUAUGAAGCUGCGCCGUACCUGCGACCAGAAAACCUGCCAAGGGAAGGUUCUUCAAAUGUCGCGGAGGAAGGAGUUGCUGAAGCGCGCGGACAACCACUUGCACACGUCCUCUUCGUUACUCCUUCAGCAGCUGGCGUCCUGAAGCCUGACCAGUGGAUCUUGACCCAAGGUGACAAAGCACUUCAAGUGUUCGAAACGAGCAUGCACAAUCUUAUCCAUCAAGAAGAUGGGAGGUUCUUCGGCAAGGGAGUCGAGCAUUUGGGCACGUGGAACAUGAGUAUUCAGAUGGACAAGUGGGAUGGUGUGCAUCUGAACCUGAGAGGCAAUCUGCUGAAAGCGAUGGGCUUGGUUAACUGGCUGGGUGGUAUUGAGGUUGAGAAGUGGUGA